AUGAAGACUGCGCACAAUGGUCAAAAACCACCGCAUUCACAAACCAUGCUUCUGGAGCUCUUAUUGACUGUGACCAGGGCAUCUUUGAUCAUUUUGACGCCUUUAGUCGCAGGCAUGAUCCUGAGAGUCGCCCCUAGUAUGAUGGAGCCCAUUUAUGGCAGCAUAUUCAUCGAGGAGCUAUUCCUAAAGCUGUCUCUUGCCUCUGUUGGUGUGGGUGUCAUGCUGGGCAUUGCUUAUACCUAUUUUUCUGGAUCUACCAGAACUUCGACCAUGUCUUCUGCGUUAUUAUUAUCAAAGAGCAAACCCUCAAGGACUGCUGCUGAGUCAACAGCCGCUGGUUUUCAUAAAGAUGCCAACUUAAGAAAGGGUAUCAUCACAUGCUUGGACAUGUGUGCACUCUUAUUAGCCAGCUCUUUAUUUACAAUCCACGUCAUGUUCAAGUAUAGUGGCGAGUUUGGGCCUUGGAAAGGUCCCCACUUGACUCAGUUAUUCUUUGCAUACCCUGUUUUGGCGUCAUUGGGUUUUGCAAACACAUUGGCAUGUGUUCUUCGUUCCUAUGAGCGCGUUCAUGUCCGAACUUGGAUGAGCUGCGUGGUGAUCCAUGUCGGAGCCAUUUUAGGGCUGACGUUAGUAAUCUUCCAGAUGGCGCCACAAGGGCCUAAUUGUCCGCGUGUAUAUGCAGCAGCCAUCUUGGUAGCUGUCGUCUCUGGUCUUCAUAAAACACUGACAAUCAUCCAUGGAGAAGUAGCCCUUCCAGAUGAACGGCUAGAGAACAGAGAGAAGCCCAGGGUUACUACUGCAUCCGGCCGUGCAUCGCUUGUGAUGAGUUUUAUUCCACUAGCCCUUGUGCUUGCCAUGGUUGCUCAAAACUACACUCGAAACCCUCAAUGCCAGCCAGGGGUAACAAAGGCUCAUAAUCCACCCAAUAGUAACUUCACAAUUUUGGCAAGGAAUGAGAGUGUUACCGGCUGGAUUAGUGUAGUAGAUGAGCACACGACACGAAAUGACCUUCAUAUCCGAGUUAUGCGUGCUGGACACUCAUUGAUCGGUGGCAUGUAUGCUGAGACUGGUGACUCUAUCUUUGGAACUUUUUACAUCCCUGAGGCCGUCCAGCUGAUCAAGAACCGCGAGAAGAGCAAGCAAGAAAUGGCUCUCCAAAUGUAUGUUGUUUCUCUCGAUAUUCAAUUAUGUCUUGAUUUGCACAUCAAUAUUUACAUCAAUAUAAUUGCAACUACGAUUAGUGGUCUGGGAGUUGGCAUCGCCUCAAGUUCGUUGAUUCAAAAAGGGGUACUUGUGGAUGUAGUAGAAAUUGAUCCUGUGGUAGCUAAUUAUGCGACGCAAUAUUUCGACUGGCCACAACCGCAUCGACUCUUUAUCCAAGAUGGCAGACAAUUCAUCAAGGACGCGCCUGAGGGCGAGUACGAUUACGUGAUCCAUGAUGUCUUUACAGGCGGUGGUGUACCUCCUCAAUUGUUUUCUCUUGAGGCUCUAUAUGAUAUUCAAAGAAUCAUGAAACCCGAUGGUGUGCUUGCCUUAAACAUGGUUGGUUCUGAACACCCUGCCAAAUCUCAGGCGCUCAAUUCUGUCCGUCGCACCCUCCAUGCAGCAUUCAAGCAUGUGAUUGGCUUCAAAGAGAGCCCCGAAGAGCCCGAGGCCUAUCAGAACAUGGUGUUUUUCGCUUCCCAGAUCCCUAUAGAGUUUGAUCAAUAUGUUCCUCCACCAUUUCCUUCUCAAGAAGAACUGGAACGAUUACAAAAAGCAGGCGGUCAUAUCGACCAUGCACUUCGACCUAGUGUAAUGCGUGACUGGAUUUUAUCAAGUUUUCAAGACUGGCCACUAUCAACGCCAUUCGAUGCUUCCAAAGGCGAACUGAUUCUUGAUCGUAACAACACACUAAAUGCUAUGCAAAAAUUAGGCGCUGAAGACCAUUGGCGAGCAAUGCGUUCACUUCUGCCACUGGAUUUUUGGGUUAAUUAUUAA